AACACACCACUCCUAUGAAACUAUGAAACUAUCAAUCUAUUAUUGGCUUUUCAAGGGAAUCACAGCUAGUGUGAGCUCAGCACCGUAACUACAAGAUCUGUCUGGCCAACGUCUUGUUUACUAUCUACCUGCAGCUAUGGCAAAGCCAAAUCCUUACCCCGAACUGAAGUUCGAGAAGAAAAAUAAAAAGAUGCAAAAGGUCCCCAGUUAUGCACGUAUUCAAAAGCGACCAAUCCCACAUCCACCAGCCGCCUCUCCCUAUGCCGGGGCGAAAAUCCCCAAAGUGGUUUAUGUUUCAACCAAUACACCGUUUAUGAGCGCCGCAAAACGCGUGCAGAAGCUGCUCAGACAAGCCGAACGACGCGCAAUAUCCAAGAUUGAUCUGAGCGAUAAAGUUAGCGAGAAGCAGAAGCUUUCCCAGCUUACGGAGAGUACCGAGAAUCUUAAAAAAGAGGAGGUUUUUAUCAAAGCGACGGGUCGAGCCAUUGAAAAGGCGAUGAGCGUUGGGAAAUGGUUUGCGGAAAAAGAGGAGUACGCGAUCAGAGUGAACACUGGAGCCGUGAUGGUGGUUGAUGAUAUUGUGGAGGAUGAGAAGCUUCAGCGGAAACAGGAGAAAAAAAGGGAAGAAGAAAACAAUGCUAUUCCGGACGCACUUAAAGAAGCUCCGCAUGAACUUGAUGCCAUUGCGCAAUCCACGGAUGGGGCCAACCACACUGCUGGCCCAUUUCAAAAAUCGAAACCCGAAACAAAGAAGCGUAAGAGGCAGAGGAACGAGGCAGUCGAUGCAAAUGGGGAACUCCUAGAGUCUCGCACUCGUUGGGUGAAUAUGGUAGAGAUUGCGGUCACGUUGAAAUGAGGUUGUACCGAGCAUAGUUUGCACGCCAGAGCGAACAGUACAAUUUGGAAACACCGGUUGCGACUCCCGCCGUAAUACGACCAUACCUAGACUAGAGAUAUAGAUGCGCGCCAUGAGUCCCCAAUACGGGACGGGACGGACCGCGGAGCUUCAAUAAUUGCGGACACCGAACUCUCGUCAUCUUCAAUUCACAAUCAUUGGGGACCUGGGACAUUUGUGCAACUAGCACGUCCAAAAUAUUUAAGGGACACGGUUGCGUUGCGUCCUACUUUUGAAAAUCGGUUUGAACAUGCCUUCCUAUGGAUUUUUCCGGCUAUAGACAGAUUAGCGAGUCUAUGGAUUACCCGAAUGCAUAACACCCGCUGCUGCGCUGCAAUUUCCCGGUACAGAUACUUUACCCUCUGCUAGGAAGAUAUAUAUUUGAGGCCUGAUUCCUGGAUAUUCUGCUAUACUAGAGUUUAACCAUUCUCCGAAGCUACAAAUGGCCGCAAUAAACAUUUACCUCUCAAUGACAUGGAGGACGCUUGGAUCCCUGGCGUUGAUCAAGCGAAUAGAUAUUCAUAGUCGUGGAUCAACUCAUACCUGGCCGAUCCGGGAGCCAAUUGCAGUAUGAGCUGUACAUGGACACAAACCAUGUCAGUAUUGCGAGUUGCCUGCGCGUGGUAGUAUGCCGAAGUUGUUUUUAUUUUUAUUUUUUAAAUUCUGUUUCCGAGAUCGAGGUCUAAAUAGUUCAGAGGCUAUCCAUCGCAAUAAUAUUUAUUGAUCUAAGAACAGUGAAAAUACAAUAUUCUAUCACCCUCAUGAACAUCAGAUACAUUUCCUGGUCAAGCUGCCCUGCGUUGGUUGACCGGCUGAUUCCAGCUAACUCGUAAUUUC